AUGGAACUCGAAUCGACAAUGGAAUAUUUGAGCAGCAAAUUGAACAUUAGUCUAGAGAACGCUGAGCUUUUUGUCGCCUUAGAACUGCUCCAAGCCCCCAGCGUAGGCGAAAUCACCCGUCGCGGCUAUGUUGAUGGAUGGAAAACAGCAGGUGCCGGCACAACACAUAAGGAACACGCCUCUCACAUCCAACGCCUUUCAUCUGCACUCUCGACAAACCCCGUACUGUUUAAGAGGGUAUACAAGUAUACAUUUGUGGCUGGCCGCGAAGGUGACCAAAAAGCCCUUAGUCUAGAGAAUGCCCUGAUAUACUGGGGUAUGCUAUUUUCACCUCCUGGUAUGCUGUGGAAGAGCGAGAAUCACGACUGGUUGGACCUGUGGAAGACCUUUCUCAACGAAAAGUGGACUCGAUCAGUUAACAAGGACAUGUGGAAUAUGGCAUUGGAAUUCGCAUUGAAGUCGGUGGCGGAUGAGAGCCUGUCCUUCUGGAACGAGGAUGGUGCCUGGCCUAGUGUAAUCGAUGACUUUGUCGAAUGGUGCCGUGGCAAGGGUAUUGGGAAGCAAGAAACAAUGGAAGUUGAUGCGGAUCAGUGA